UGGUCUUUCAAAUGACAAAAUGUUCUUUCUUCAUCUACACUGCUCCGUUUACACUGCUCAUCCUUAACCUGGCUAUGUCUGACCUGAUAGUGGGCAUCAUUUCUGAGCCAUUGUCCGUGUGGACGCACUAUAGGGAAGCCAUGGGGUGGAGCCUCCCCAUGACAUGGCUGAGCCAAACAGCUUUCUUCCUUUGCUGCACAGCAUCUAUUCUAAGCCUGGCCGUCCUCACAUCUGACCGCUACCUCGCUAUCGCAUACCCUAUAUGGUACCGCUCCAACGUUAGCUUUAAACGAGUUGGCAUUGCUUCUUUCUUCAUUUGGGUCCUCUCAGCAGCGUUUACCAGUAUUUAUUACUAUAUUGGCUUUGUAGCAUAUGCAUUUAUCUUCGCUAACAUCGCGGUGUUUUGCACGAUAUUUAUCGUGAUCUUUGCGUACACGCGAAUCUUUUACGUUAUCAGGGAUUACGUGGAUAACCAAGCCAAUCUCCAUGCUGGGAAACCAAAAUCAUCAAGACGUACAAGAUUGAAAUGCAAAGUCCCUGUUUUCCAGAUAAUGUUGAUGGCGUUCCUCGUGUCCUAUGUACCGGCCUCUGUCAUGAUCUACGUCAUGAACUUGUGCGACGCGUGCAGCUGCCUCGUCAUCCACUGGUUACGGGACAUACAGUUCAUCUUCUUGAGACUUCCGAGCUUUCGCCGAGCGCUUACGGCUUUAUACCGAAGAAGUCGGGGGUUACUAGAAUAUGAGUGAGCAGUGCCGUGAGACUUCCGAUCUUUCGCCGAGAGCUUGCCGCUUUAUA